AUGAGCGGCUCCGUGGCUAGGAGCAAAAAUGCUCGAACCGGGAUGCUGCCCGCGUCGAGACUCGUCGCCCCCGUACUGUCGGCCUGCGAAGCAGUCUGGCAGUGCCAGAACGUCGACGCCGCUCAACAUUGGAUAGGGAUACUGCACAAGGCAAUCCUGAAAGAUAAGAUUGAUUCCUUUGAUCCGUCGGAAGCCUUUUUGGCCUUGCAAGGUGCCGCCUUGCGUUUCAAACCCCACUCGGGCCAUCACGAACACGAGGGACAAGAUUCGUCCUCGCACGAAUAUGACGUGGACGACACCAAACUUGGUGACUUUCAAUCUCGGAUACUCGCAGCGACAGCUUCUUUGGCUCGCCGCGUGGUCGGACCCGCAUGGUGGCACCAAUUUUACACACGUCGGAAUCGUCUGCGUCAGGCGGAUUGGCGUCCGGCUGAAGAAGAUGCGCAACUGGAGCGAUCGAAUUCCACCCAAACGUCCGCGGCGUCUCAUCCAGCACGCGACCAGUCUCUUUCACAAUAUUAUCCGAGUAUUCCGGUGGAUUUUGUGGUGGGAUCGUUGAACGUCGAAAAUUCGUCGGUACGAUCGUCUUCUCCCAUGACAGAACACGACAUGCCAAUAGUGAGCGACGGACAAUUAAAGAUGGAUAGUAUCUCAUCGUAUCCAGGCAUACCAGAGGUAUUGCCGGCAGCCAUGCUACGAUUCGCUGCAUCCUUUGAGCAAGAUGACUACGGAUGGAGCGUGUCUCGUGCCCAGUCUCAAAUGAUUAUAGUCACAGCGCUUUGUUGUCGUCCCGAACUGGCAGACGACGAAUGGACCAUGGCGGCCGAGUGGAGUAUCGUUGGAGUCCAGCAUGAGGUGACAAAAAUGGCAGAGUCUUGGCUGGUCUGGCUAUGGCCGUUGUCUGCUAACCAGUCGGAGUCAUGGAAUCUACGACUCCAGAUUGCUCGGACUGUUGCGGAUUUGCUAUCAUCCGGAUGGCAUCCACCGCUUAAAUCAAGCGAGACGGUUGUUGAUGCAUUGCUGCAUUUAUCCAAGGAUACCGUCGAGGAGAUGGACAUUAAGAGUGUGGAUGGGUCAGCUCACGGUUCCAGAUUGACACUGGCGGUCUCGUCUACGCUGGCCGAAACGGUUUCCGCUCUGGCAGCCAUGGCAUCGCGAGAUCUAGUCCCUGAUACACACAUUUCCAAGAUGGUGGACAUGCUGUGCUUUCUUUACGUCAUGGUGGCUCGCCGACAGAAUAACGAGGCAUCCGGAACGGUUGCCGUUUCCAGUACACUAUCGUUGGAGGAGCGACAAGAAUUCAAGAUAGUCUGGGAUUCGAUAAAAGGCCAGUACGAAGCGGCCUUCGCGGACAUUUCUACACUAAUUUGGGUACUGCUCGCCCGACCUUCAACCUCAUCAAAAGCAAUGGAGUCUCUGCUGCAUCUAGUGGAGGAGGCAACAACCGCUACGUGGACGCAGGAUGAACUGACUGAUGUCGGCCAGGAAUGGAGUUUUGUGGAAACCUUGCGCUGCAUGAAAGCUGGUGCGGCGCUUCGCGUUUUGGGUAGCGCACUGUGGGGCAAGCCUCCCGACAUCAGCAGUAUUGCGCUUCUACGGAUCUUUUGGAAACCUUUGUUGGAAACGGUUCUUUGCUUGCUGUCAAAUCUGCACGAAAGGAUAGCGGACACUAUAGAAUACCUGCUACAACCCGAGCCGUUUCGGGACCUUACUGCGCUCGCCAUCGAAGGAGCUAUCUUGCUGGGUAGAGCGAUCGAGAAAGAGAUUCGAGGCGGACCCGCUAUUCUGGCAAACACAGAGUGGGACACUAUAGCUUUAUGUCUUUCGGACGGUGUUCUGCCCAUACUGCUUACCGUUGUAGAAAAUCGCUGCAACGAAGACACUGCUCGGUUUGAAUCAACCGUUCAGUCUCUUCUUUUGCUUUUGGGUGAUUUUUUUGGAAAGUGUAUUGAAGAGGAUAGUACGCCGUUCGUUGAAUAUGAGAGACAAAGGCGCUUGUAUUUGCUACUUCUUCAAGUGGGCUUACCGUCGUCGCUCGGUGAAGAUGCUGCCCUGAUGUCGAUCGUAGUCUUUCAAUGCUGGAGUAAAUUUGGGUUUUCCCCUUAUCGCAUAGAGGGCUGCACGAAGACUGGAGUCGAGUUGUUAAAAGAAGCAUUUCGUCAAGAUGAGCGCGGAGAGUACGCGCAUGCACCAGAGGUCAGGCUUGCUGCAUUUGAAGCCCUAACUUUUGCCAGUGAGGCGGACACGAUGUCGAGAAAAAAGAAAGUCAUUCCGCGACGAUCAGUCCUUACAUCGACUCAGAAUAUGCGGGAGCUGCAUCUGGAAUUGAUAAAUGCAGCUAUCAUUCCAUCUCUGAAAAAGAUCUUUGAAAGCAGUUUCAUCCGCAUCGAUGAAAGUAGCUGGUUGGCGCCGAAUGUUGUUCCAGCCUCGACAAAUGACUCUGUCCCUUCCAAUGAAUCAGUCGCGAUUCUUUUGGAGACAGCUGCCUUAUCAGCACAUCAAGAGCACAGAUCCACGGAAGCGUUAACAAAUUAUGCAAUAAACGUUACAGGAAGGCUUUUCAGAGACAUCACUGGGGAUCGCGAAACUCGGCUACUCUAUAUCAACUUGCUGCGCACUUUGGCAGUGAACGAAAAGGGCCGAGUACCGUAUUCCGUUCGAAUUUUUGCCACAAUCGAACUUCACAGGUGCCUUGCCGCUCUCUUUGGAGAAUUGCCUCAUGCUCAUGCGAAGGUACCCGUACUUAUUGAUGCUCUUACAGAUGUUUUGAACAUGUGUUCAUGCGAAUUUUCAAAGUGCAUUGCCUCGUCAGACUAUUUUCUAAUAGUUUCUGCGCAAGCAAUCGCGGCACUUUACCCAAUAGCCAGUCUCCGCGUUGCGAUCGAUCAACAUGUCUCUCUGAAGGCCAGCUAUGUUCCAACCGAAUUGCGCGAUUUGUUUUUCGUCUUUCUCACGAGCGUGACAUCUUUUAGCCCGGAAGAUCGGUCUCCAGUCGUCGAUACUUACGGGGCCCCGUUUUUGAUUGCACUCGACGCGCGCAGUAACCACACUACCUCAGAAAUUACAGAGAUUUCUUUUUCAUCUGUGUUAUCAUCCUUGGUAGGCUUUCUUUCUGGUAUGAAAAUUCAUACGAGCCCGCUUGCGGCCUACAUGCAACAGUGUAUUCGAAUUUCUUGCUAUGACAUGCUGCUCGCCUUGGCCAUGGCUAAAACUGAUUGUCUUAUUUCGAAUGAGAGCUUUGAUUGUAUUUUUCGUACGUCAAUGGCAAAACGAGAGUGUCGGAGUCCGGAUGAAAUUGAAUGUUUAACGCGAAGCCAGGUACUCGGUCAGAUUUUCCACAACAGACUUAUUUUGAUCAACGACUUCGGACACGAUGAGCCCAUCAAAAGCUUUCUUGAGCCAAUGCAGGAGAUACUCGGUAUCCUGGCCGAAGCUUGUCUCUCAACACAUUGGUUGGACUACGAGCCCGCAUAUGGCGUAUUUUGCUCCGUUGUCCCGGCACUACAAAAGCUCUGCCAAAGAAUUGGCUUACCUGAAGUGCUGACCAAUUGGAGCGAAAUAAUAGAGAGAGGAUGUCUACUCGAAGAAAAAUCGUGUUUGAUGUUGAUGAGCCAAUGCUCCACUUCUAGUCGCCCACGACUUUACGUCGCGCUUUUGGCAUUGGUCCACGACUUCCUUCUGUGUAAUUCCUUCGUCGAUAUGAAUAUAUCAACUCGUAAUGCUGUUUCCCGGCUAUGUUGUCGAAUCAUUCAGAGCCCACCGGAAGGAUCUGAUCAUCUUGUUCAUCAUCUUGCUCUUAGAUGCAUGAUGAUACUGCUUGGAAGCACCAAACAAUUGGAUGAAAAUCCAUUACAAUCGUCCGGGAAAUCGGACAAGAUUGAAUCAAGCUUACAUGGCGACAAUGACUUUUCCUUUGUUACCAGAGAGAUUUCUCGCCGUCAUCUACUUUGUAAAGAUCGAAGCAUUUCCUCCCUUGCUUUUCAUGAUCGCCCACUGUCGAAGCAUGAAAUGCUUGCAAAGGAGCUUGCAGACUUAGAGAGGUUUAUUGUGAACGAGGAGAACGGGCGGAAACUUUCUGCAUCUUGGAUCUUGUCCGAAGCUAUCCUGUUAACUUGUCGCAUCGGAUCAGACAACUCAAGGUAUCGCGGAUGGUGCGAGGUUGUGCUGCGAACAAUUACGUUGAGGAGACGAAUCCUAGUGCGCCUGCCUGGCUAUAUUUCACUGGAGAGCCCAGAUUUUCCCCCUUCUCUCUGGCUCGAUCGGGACAUUACCAACUUGGAGUGUCAAAAUCAAGACACCAUGAUUGAUCAAAAAAAUUCGCUCUUUACACAAAACGAUACUUUGAAACGGGCAAGAGCAGCAAUUUCCCGAUUUGAUUUGCUUGUAACAAGCCUCAAAGAGACAGAUAAAAUCUCCGCCGAGAAAGUCACGGGAACCAUGGAGAAAUCGGUACAAAUUUUCCCUCGUUCAUAUCAAGCCGGAGACAAAUGUUCGGAAAUUGGUGAUAUUUCUGAGUGGCUAAGCAGCGUCUUGGAGGGGAAUGGUAUUGCGGUGCGUGCGGUGUUCGCCGAGAUCGACCCCUUUUUUGGAUACGUUGAAGAUAUAAAUGCUUCCCCAAAGGAGACUACAUGCAAUAGUCAACCUCGUCGGCUGGAGAACGGCGCUCGUCUUGAUCGCGCGAUUUCAGUAUUGGAUCGUACUUCUUUAUUGAGCACUUACAAGUUUGGCUUGUUGUACGAUUGCUCUGCCGAUUCCCGGCAAAACCAAUCGACGUUUGAGACGAGUUUGUUGUUUUCAACAGCAUGCUCGCCGUCUUUCUACAAGUUUUUAAAUAACCUGGGGAAAGUUGUUCCCACCAAACAAUUGAAACACUUCUCGGGCGGGCUCGAUGCCUCUCCAUACUCCUCGGACGGAAUUUAUGCUUUGAUGUGGAUGGACGACGAUCCACACAAAACUUUGGUGGCCACUUCUAUGGCUGUGUUUCACGCCUGCCCUAUGAUGCCAGAUGACAAACUACAGAGUCGAAAAAGGCAUGUUGGAAAUGACAAUGUAUUGAUUCUCUUUUCUGACCGCGGCUCGGACAUCCUGGUAGAUCUGGAUUCUUCUGGUCGAGAUCUGAAUCGCUCCGUGGUGGGAGGUGCGUUUGGUUUCGUGACGAUCUUUGUUACUGCUCCGCGCUCUGGUCUUCUGCGCAUUGCUGUACGUCUACGAACAGGCCUCUCCACCAGAUUGAACAGCCGACUUUCAAGCCUCGUUGGACAUACCAUCAUGGAAGAAACAGUCGCACCAACUUACGUCCGAAACCUGGCUAUGCGAGCUGAUCUAAUAUGUCGCUCUGCCGUGGAUACGAUCGAUCCUCCAUCGAACUGCAUUGAUCGAUAUCAUCAACUCAGAGACAUGAAACGAUUUGCACUGAAGCCAUAGAUUGUGCUGUCGCUCCGUCGUGGAUACGAUGAUCCUCCGUCGAAUUGCAUUGCUCGAUAUCAUCAACUCAGAGAUACGAAACGAUAUGCGUCGAGCCGUAGAUUGUGCGGACUCGCGCAUUUGUCACUUUUUGAUGUAAUGGCACCGUGUUUUAUUGAAAUGUUAUUUCUAUUUGUGCCCUCGUCGAAAAAAUCUUCGAUAUGACUUUGCUUCUGCUUUUUCUCUUGCACCAGUCGGGACAGAAUCGUCUACAUUCUUGCUAGCCUUGUUGUCCUUGUGUAGCUCCUGGUCGGGGCCGUCCUUGGAGUCUUGAUCUUCCUCGUCUUCAUCUUCCUCAAGCUUUUCAACAAGCAUUUCACCCAAGUCGUCGCCAAUCACAGCAGUCGCAAUGUGCUCUUUUGCUGCCGUAGCGAUUGCCGAUAGACCGCCCGCCACGAAUCCGAAACGAUUCUUUUUCUUCGGAGUAUUAUCCUCAUCUUCGUCUUGCUCGUCGGCGGACGUGGAACGGUCUUUGACAACUUCGGUACCUGCCAUUCCGCCGCCCACAACAGCUCCUCCAGCAGCAGCAUUCCCAGCCGCAGCUCGAGCACUAUCUCGCUCCACUGCCGCGUCGUGUUUGUCUUCCAAGGUGUCCAUUCCGUCUUCGAGAUUAUCGAAAUUGUCGCUCUCCAGAAGCACAUCUGCUGUUGAAGCUAAACCAGCUGCGUUUUCUGCGGUGCUCGCGCCACUUUCCGCUGCGUCUGCAAUGCCAUCAACAGGUACCUCUUCUGUUGGUGCUGCGUCUUCCAAGUCUUGGAAAUUCUCCAUGUCGCCGAUUUCAUCGCCAUCUCCGAACAACUCACCCAUACCGGUACCAACCAGUUCACCCGCGACAUAGUCAGUAAUACCCGCGCCCAGGUUGGCAAAGAAUCCGCCCACACCACCACCACUACCUUCUGGCUUAUCUGGCUGUUUCUUCUUUUGAGCUUGCGCUUUCUUGUUUCCGGCACUUCGAGACUUGUUGGCGGCGUUAUCAUUGCCUUCGGCUUCUCCCAUUUCAAAGUCUUCCACGAGACCACCUUCUUCGUCUCCUUCCACGUCAGCUUCUUCCAACUCAAGUUCUUGUUGUUGCAAUUCAUUUUCUUCAAUUUCCGGGUCCAAUUCAGACGGCGACGACACAUGCUGACUUUCUUGGUCCACUUCUAAUUCAUGGUCUUUAGCAUCGUCCACGUCGUAUUCACCUCCGUCAUCCACAUCCCAUUCUUCAGGGACGGUUUCCAUCGCACCCCGUGCCUCCACAUCAUCCGGAGCGACCCAGUCAGGAUUAGCAAAGUCUUGCUCGAUGAGAUCGGGAGCAUCUCCGAGUGCCCUUAAAUUAUCAGGAUCUGUCAAAAUUUUCAUUGUUUCUGGAUCGCUCAUGAGCUCCGCACAGAGUGGAUUACUAUCCCGCAGAGCUUUAAGCUCUUUGUCGUUUUCAAUGGCUUCUUCGAGGGCGUCUGGAUCUGUCUCACCGAGAAUGGCUUGCAUCCUUUCCUGUACUUCAGGAUCCUCCAUGUGAUCGGCGGCCUUGUUCAGGGCUUGUCGGUUGGCUUGAUUCUGGGGAGAUCCCUCCCCCGGAGAAUCAGCACCGUCCACAUCUCCUGCAGCGUCCAGGCAAUCUAGGGAUUCUCCACAGCACCACCCACCCAACAAGCCUCUCAAAAGGCCCAUUAGAAGCGAAACUCCUCCACUGAGAAUAAAACCCACCACUUUCUUGAUAAGCAUCAAGAACUUGACGACUUUGAACAAAGGAUGAUUGACAAUUUUCGUGAUAACUUUAGUCACAGCUGUUCUGAGCCUUCCGGGCUUUUUCGGAGGGGGGUCUUCUGGCAAGACGCCCCCAGCAUCUCGGUAAACUUGUUCAAAAUUGAUGCGCACCAAAUGCGGGUCUUGAAAGAUCGGUCUCAAGUCGGGGUGCUCUGACAAGAGGUGUUGCAAUCUCGGACAAUCCUCAUAAAUAGAACUCGCAAAGCUCUCGUCUUCGCGAAUCUGCAUGACUACUUCCAACAUUAGAUCUAAAUUGCUUUUCAUUACAGCCUGUGCUUGUUCGUCGAGAUCGGCAUCUUUCGAAUCGUCAGCACUUUCCAACGAAUUACCAAAGGCUAAACUACUCGAUUGUUUUUCCGACAUUUGGACGGACGGCUUGUCGUACGAUGAUGGUGAAUCUGUACUGCUGUCGCCAUCGAGUGAUGAAUUACUACUUGCUGCUGGUUGCGAACCAGCAACGAGUCUUUUCCUAUGGCCCAUCUUCAUCGUUGUGAGACCUUUCUUCAAUUAAAUUGCCAAAGCAGAACUACAAGAGAGUUUUCACCAGGUUUUUUUUUCGACUCCUCAUGGACGCACGAUACAUAAUCGAGAUAACCAUACUGAACGGCUACCAG